AUGGUUCAAUACGUCUUUACGCCGUGGCGCGACCGCUACGAAUUGUUGCUCGUGCGGGAACAGAUGUACACAGGCAUCACAACCAACGCUCGAGAUCCAAAACAGAAGCUGGGACAAGACGCCAGUGGCAGUAGCGAAGACAUGCAAAUACGUCAAGAUAUCGACGACAAAGAAAUGAGGGCACGACAGCACCAAGCGGUUGCGCGUGUAUCGAUGUGGAUGCAGCGAGGAAAUUGCCCUCACCUCAUCGAGUCGACGGCGCUUUUGAUGGCUGCCAUGUUGAGUGAUCGAGAGGCAGCCACUAGAGAAAAUGCAGCCUCUUCGGCAUAUGCUAUUCGAGCAACGUAUUCAGCAGCAUUCAGCAGAUUUGUUACCGGCCUCCUCGACAGUCACCAGGAUAAGCAGCGCAAGCAGAGCAUGUACUCAGUCGCAGACACAAUAGGCCUGCCUGCCACUUUUGUUGAACUACGCCAUCAGUGCACGCACGAGCAGUUACCCUCGUUGGCAAAGCUACGCACAGCGGCCAGAAAAGCGUUGCUGUGGAUCUGGGAUUACCAUUGGAAGCAGCUGGAUGAGGAUAGCAGCGAUCCGUGUCGUAUGGCAAUACUUCGGUAUCUCAAAGAAGGAGAUGCGACUAAAUUGGGGACUAUACUUGACGAUUUUGAGCGUUGGCCCAAGGAGCGUCUACUCAAGACGAUUCAAGAGGUCAGAGGUAGUUUGCCGGGAAACCAAGUGUUUCUUA